AUGUCUGUGUGUGUCGUUAUUGCUCUAGAUUUAUAUUUGUUGAUUAUUCCUUGUUUAUUUGUUCCUCGCUCGAAUCGACAGCACUCUAAAUCCCACCAAAAUAUUUUCGACUCUGCAAAGACUGCUGAUAUUUCUGAAAUAAAACGUGCUUACCGAAAGUUAUCUUCUAAACUUCAUCCAGACAAGAAUCCAGAUGAUCCUACUGCAGAACAGAAGUUCCGAAGGCUUGUAGGUAUUUACGAAGUCCUUAAGAAUUCGGAAUUACGUGCCAAAAGUUCGAAUUCUUCAAGAAAAAAAGAAAAACUUAAGGCUGAUAAACAAGAACGCAAACGUCGCUUAGUACACGAACAAACAAUCCUUAGAGAAGUUGUAAAGGAGGCUGGCCAAUCAACUUUGAAUUCAGUCCUUACAGACAUCCCUAAUAUUGAGACUGAGAGUUCUGAUGAAGAUUCAAAAAGUGAAGCAAAAGAUCCUGUUUAUCGAGAAUGGUCAGAAGUGGAUAGAGACAAUUUAGUUCGUGCGGUAAUUCGAUAUCCUGGAGGUGUUCCUGGGAGGUGGCAACGUAUCUCAGAAUCUCUUGGUCGUAGUGUUCCUGAUGUUAUUCGUAAAGCGAAAUGUAUGAGUAAAGAAUUAAUGUCUAUUUCUCAAAAAAAUAUAAAUCUUGAUGAAAUCCCAACCUUUGAAACAAAUGUAAAUAAUUUCUGUGGAGAAAGUAAUUCUGAACAAAGUAAUAAUCAAUCAGACGAAUCAGAUGAAGAACAAUAUUCAAAGAAACGACUUCGUAAACGUUUAUUGAGACGAAAAGAACCCUGCGUUGUCAAUCAAACAAAUGGAGAAACUCAACUGAAUGCGAAUAAUGAUUUGUCUUCAGACGUCAAAGAUGAAGCAACACUUAAAUCUACAGAAAUUAAGCCUAUCAAAAGUAAUGAUGGAUGGACUAAGGUAGAACAACAACAGUUGGAGGUCGCUAUACGCUCUAUUGGUAAAGGGACACCUGAGCGGUGGGAUCGGAUCACAGAAUGUAUCCCAACAAGAACAAAGGCAGAAGUGAUGGCUCAUGUGAAGUAUCUCUCAACUCUUGUUCAACAAAAACACUGA